AUGCUCCCAAACACCAUCAAGACUUCAAUCCGAUCGGUCCCGGGCAGGAAAAUCUUCCCAUCAGCGAUUGCAAGAGGUUUCGAUUUGCAGACGGCGACUUUCAGUACCACACGAAGCAGCAAGAUGACGGAGAUCAAGACUAUCAGCACUCCCAAGGCUGCGCAGCGUGAGUGCCCCCCCCCCCCCAAUCGUCUCCAAUUGGGAUGGAUGAUCUAGGACGGCGAGAGCGGGUGGCUGACGGGAUUCUCUUCCAUCCUCACAGCUGUGGCUCCGUAUGUAAGUCACCGCAUCCUCAUCCUGCAUGCACUCGACGAAUGAAUGUCCGAUUGGAGACUGCCCGCGUAAAGGCAGGCGGGAAGCCCGGUUUCAGAGCUCAUCCUACUCCUCUCCGGAGCGGUGGCAGAGAUCGGGAAGCCGCUCCGACGCACGCUCUCUCGAGAGCCCGGAACGCGACACGGUGCCCCGAACGAAAGCAGAAGAAAGCAAAGGCUGACAAUGCUCCUCUCUCCGCCGCAGUCCCAAGCCGUGCAAGCGGGACCUCACAUCUUCGUCUCGGGCCAAAUCCCCGCCGAUGCCGCGGGCAACCUGGUCGAGGGAUCCAUCGCCGACAAGACGACCGUCUGCUGCGAGGGCCUCAAGAACAUCCUCGAAGCGGCCGGGAGCUCCAUCUCGCGCGUCGUAAAGGUACGUACGUAUUGGAUUAUGCCUUCCUCUUUUGCUCUUGCUCUCGCUCUCGCUCCCUCGCAUCCGGUUAAACCUGUCGAUCCCUCUCACACCAUUGCACCAUCAUCCAUCCAUCCCUCCCUCCUCCGCCACCGUUCCCCUCCCCCUUGUCCUCCACGUGGCAGACACAUGUGCAUGCCCUUUCUUCGGUACCCGACUCCUCCCCCUCGGCACGUGGAGCAUGCGGGAUGGGAUGUGCGAGAUGAUCGACAUUGCCUUGCACACCUCACAUCACUUCACAAUUCAACACCCACGCACCACCUCAGCUUCUGGAUGCGGAUACCGUGCCGUCCGUCAAGCCGCUUCCCCCAAAUAUCUCAUGAAACAAAAUCCUUCACCUCCCCAACCUCCUCCUCCUGCCUUGCACAUCAUCACCGAAUAUCGGUACCGACAAUCGCUAACAGCCCACGUGUUUCGCGCUGCGCAGGUCACCGUCUUCCUGACCAGCAUGGACAACUUUGCCGAGAUGUGAGUUAUCCCCUCCAUUCCUUCUCUUCUCUUCUCUUAUCUCUCUGCAAAGCAUUGCGGGUCGUCGGCUAGUAGUAGACUGACCGAAACAGGAACGGCGUGUACGAGAAGUACUUUGGCCAGCACAAGCCGGCCCGCUCCUGCGUGGCGGUCAAGGAACUGCCCAAGGGCGUCCCGGUCGAGCUGGAAUGCAUUGCCCUGAGCGGAAGUGGAUAG